AUGGGUCAAAAUAACGACGCCCAGGGAUGUCUGGCAGGCUUUCGGGGGCUCUUUGGCAAGAAGGGCAGCAUCCCCCUCCCCGCCAACGACGACUUCUACACGGCGCGUGACUCGAGCUUCUCGGCCCACGCCAACGGUGCCAUCCUGCGAUCGCGCGAAAUCGAGGUAGUCUACUUUCCCGGCUUCGACAGUCCAGCGCUACAAGCGUGGCAGGUAGCCUACAAGACCAAAGCGCAGGAUGGCAUGACACCGCAAGUGACCGUGCUCACCAUCCUGCGGCCAUCGACUGCACGACCGGACGCAGAUGGCAAAUACCGCAUCGUGAUCUACGGCUCCAAAUGCGACUCGGCGGGUACCAAUUUCCGCACGAGCUACUUGCUGAGGGCGGGCAACGACUACACACUUGGAGCUGCGUCGGAGCAGGUCUUUAUCGCGCCGUGUCUCGAUCGGGGCUGGAUCGCGGUUGUGCCGGACUACGAGUCGGAGACGUGCGCUUUCGGGGCAGGCUACCAGUCUGGCUACGCUAUGCUGGACUCUCUUCGUGCCGCUUUGAGCUUUGAGCCAAUCGGACUGCGCAGGGACAGCAACGGUGUGUACCAGGCCAAGGUGUGCCUGUGGGGCUACUCGAGUGGCGCACUGGCAGUGGGGUGGGCGGCACAGUUGCAGGCCUCGUACGCAGCAGAUCUAUCGCAGUAUCUGGUGGGCGCCAGUAUGGGUGGGCUGCCGAGCGAUUUCAAAGCGUGUGGACAGCGCACGAACAAAGACGUCGCAGCUGGUCUCCUUGUGGGCAUCAUGCAAGGUCUCGCCAACGCGUACCCGGAGCUGCAGGACUGGCUCGACCUGCACGCCAACAAGACCGGCAAGGCUGCCCUGCAGAAGGCGCUCACCAAGAGCUUUGGCGUCGUCAUGUCCAGCUGUGCAUUUCAAGACGUGCUCGGCACGUAUUUCGACGUCCCCGAUCUGCUCGCAGACCCGCUGAUCGCGCGCAUCAUGGCAGAGAACAAGCUCGGCGUGGCAGAGGAUGUGCCGCAGAUGGCGUGUCAGGUGUACCAGUCAUUGCACGACGAGGUGGUGCCGUACCGGACCACCGACGAUCUCGUCGUGGCCUGGAGCGCGAAAGGAGCAUGCAUCGAUUAUACAAAGGACACCCUGUCCGCACACGUGGUGCUUUGCUUCACCGGCUGCGCUAUGGCGAUCCGCUGGAUACAGGACCGCUUCGACGGCAAGCCCACGCGGGCACAACCGGGACAGCCGCGCGUGGAAACCGUGCUCACCUCGCUUGACACCAACGACGCCUCGCUCACCCUGGGUCGACAGCGCCAGACCGACAUGAAGAACCUGCUCGAGAGUCAGUACAAGCGGCCAGGUCGCAACUGGUGGACAUGA